UUCUCAACUCGGUAUACAAACUGACAUCGUGACAGUUUCUGACAUCAAGAGUUCAACAAAUUUGGGUAUUAAGUGUUCUUGUAAGGACAAUUGCUACGCUUGUAACCCUGAUUUCGCAUCCAUAGUAAUGAGACGGAAAGAGCCUGAUCUGUAUAGAAAUGGGUGCACUCAGAGGAUUCGUGCACUCAAAAGGUGUCUGUGAAAGAAAAUUCAUCUCUUUCUGGGCAAAUAGAUGAUGCAAAGAACGAAGACCCUAUAGAACAUGAAGAAGGGAAGGAUAUGACCUUAAAAGUUUCUCGACCCGACGAAAAUAUUGAUGAGUUCAAAGCGAUGCAAACUGAUGUUCAUAACAACAUUCAAUCACUUCCCAUUAGUCCUUUUUAUAGGAAAAGGAAAAGAGCUGCUAGAUAUAAGAAAAAUAGAGCUCCCUCGCCUAUGGAUAUGUCUGAUCAGGUUGUAGCAACAUGCCGAGAAUCUAAUCAACCGUGCCCUGAAGGUUUUUCACAUGCUGCUGAUGAGAAUGCUCGAUUGGGGGAAGAUUCUAGGAUCAGCAAUCAUGAUGCUUCACAGGGUUCUCGUUAUCCUUCCAUCCCUGGUUCACUUUCAAGUGUAGUGGAAGUAGUUACUGAAUCGGAAUAUGAAAAAGUUGACAAGGAUGAUUCAGAGUUUGUGAAAGCUUGUGAUCUCCGUAAUGGCAAAGACAAUGAUAAAUUGCUGACAGACAAAAAAGAGUUGACAGGUCCGGACAGUGGAUCCACUGAGAAUUUAGGGUUGCAUCUUGCAAACUGGAGCUCGAGACGGUUGACUUCUCUGCUGUAAACUUGAAGUUAAAGUGUCUGAAGUAACUGAAGGGUCCUCAACUGGUAAAUAAUAAGUUUCUCAUGUACACUUUCAAAAGAAAGCGGAAGAAGGAUUCUUUGAGCAGCCCUAACAGAGAUUGCUCACUUCGAGGACACUUCUAAAAUGAAGACGGAGGAUAAACAAAAUGGUUCUCUAGACUCCGAAAAAUCAACAGUGACAGCUGAAUCAUCUCGAGACAGUCAGCGACUAGCACAGGUGGCUCGCCAGCUCAUGUCGUUAUCGGAAAAGAAGUGGCGGUAGCAGAUUUGGGCGUUCGGUGCAUGAAACACAGGAAUGCUGAACAGACGCAGCUAAAAUUGGUGCAGCCUCGUUGUCUCUGAUGGCAUAUAUUCAUCAAAAGUCAACAACGUCGGUGUAUGUGUUUUGGUGCUGUUUUGAUGGAAUAUAUCAACAUCCAACUCUUUUGAAUCAGCUUUACUAGUUGCUAUAUUUGAUCACUGCUCUUGGUUCCCCUCCUUGUACGGCAUGGUUAGGGAUUUUGCACCGAUUUGCUCGGACGGGCGAGUAUAUCGAGUUGGUUCCGAUAAGUGCUUGUUCCGUUCUGUU